UUAUAGUUCGAGAAGGUACUGAUUUACUGUAGCUAUGGUGUUGGCCAAGUUUUACGUCACUUUAGAUAAAGAUAACUGCGUGUUUUUUCCUGGUCAAGAAAUUACAGGAAGUGUUCAUGUAUGGAACGACAAACCCAAACAUGUGAAUGGUAUUUACGUCGAUUGCCGUGGAUCAGCUCAAGUUUCAUUUACCAGGACAGAGCAACAAAUGAAUACGAUUUAUCGAAAUGGACGUUCACACAACGAAGUUAAAAAUAUUACGACCCACUACCAAUCCAGCGAAAAUUACUUCCGUCAACGGAUCACCAUCAACGCUGGAGGAAGUGAUCGUACGUUGGGUAAAGGGAAACAUCAAUUUCCAUUUUCAUUGAUACUGCCGCAUCAAAUUCCGUCCUCAUUUGAAGGAGUUCAUGGCAACGUCCGUUACACCAUUCGAGCUGUUUAUGAACGACGUAGAAAGUGGAAUCACGAAUGCAAGAUUCCUAUAACUGUGAAUUCCAUAAUGGACCUUAAUCAGAUUCCUGAAUCUAGCGUACCAGUGCAAGCGUCCGGUUAUAAGACUCUGGGAAUUCUUUGUUGCAAAUCCAACCCGAUAACUGCUAAAUUUUGGCUGGAUCGUUGCGGUUAUGUACCGGGAGAAUCAAUCAUCUUCAACGCCGAAGUUGAAAACUUGAGCAGAAAGGCUAUGCGUGGCACAAAAGUUCAGAUCAUAGAGAAAACUAGUUAUCACGCAACGCGUGCAACCGAAUUCCAUGAACGCGUUAUUAACGAAUCAAUAAGAGGAAAAUUCAAAGAUUUUCAGGCAUGGGAAAAUUAUGCCAUCAUUGUUCCUCCUAUCGUCUCUUCAAAUCUUCAGUUUUGCAAAAUUAUUGACGUGUCCUACAGCAUCAUGUUUGCUGUAGAUCCUGGUGCAUUUUCCUUCAACCUGAAGAUUUUCCACAACCUUCUCAUCGGUAAUGUUCCUCUACGCAGCUCAUUCGCUAAUUUUCAGCAGAGAAUCGCACACCCAAACUCGCAAACCCAGACCGAGAAUUCUACGAGCAUAACGAAUCCAUCGGGACGUGAAAUAGCUUCCCCGAUUUCAAACGACUAUCCAGAUCUUCCACCUCCGAGUUAUGAAGAAUGCAUGUUUGGUGGAAACUUAAGAGAAACCGACGAUUCUGAACAUGUCGUCUAUGGAGUCGGAGAUUCCUAUAAGCCUCGUUAUUUGACUUACGGAUAGUUGGUAUUAAAUUGUAAUCCUGAUGCGCUAAUAAUCUGAAUUCGUCUGAAUUAAUCUUGUAGUUAAUCACAGCACAAUCUUUUUGGAAGUUAUAUUUGUAUUAACUAUUAUUUUUAAAUAAUAGGUAGUAGAAAUAAUGAAUUCAUUUGUUAGACAUCUAAUAAUUGCGAACUACACGUAAAAAAGAAUAUUUGUAAUUACAUGAAUACAUCUUAUGUAGGCUAUAGGUUAUCCAAUAAAAAUUAAAAAGACGG